AUUGCGUUAACGUAUUCCAUUUAAUGCCCGCCACCAUCUCAAGCUAGCAAGAUAGAUAUGUCGCAGUUGCGAGUGUUAGUGGGCUGUAAGCGCGUCAUCGACUAUGCAGUCAAGGUGCGCGUCAAACCGGACAAAACAGGGGUGGUGAAGGAGGGAGUCAAGCACUCGAUGAACCCCUUCGACGAGAUAGCUCUGGAGGAGGCUGUGAGACUAAAGGAGAAGCAGGUAGCAUCUGAGGUCAUUGCUGUCAGCUGCGGUCCUCAGGCAUGCCAGGAGACACUGCGUACGGCGCUGGCAAUGGGUGCCGACCGGGCGCUACACGUGGAGGUAUCGGGGUCAGAGUACGAGGGACUCCUCCCACUGGGUGUGGCCAAGAUUCUGGCCGCUCUCGUCAAGAAGGAGGAGGCCAACCUUGUCGUGCUGGGGAAACAGGCUAUUGAUGACGACUGUAACCAGACGGGUCAGAUGUUGGCUGCUCUUCUCGACUGGCCCCAGGCCACCUUCGCCUCCGCCGUCAGUGUGGAGGGGGAGGGGCUGGCCGUUACCAGGGAGGUAGACGGAGGUCUGGAGAAUGUCCGUCUGUCGCUCCCGGCAGUGGUGACGGCUGAUCUGAGACUGAACGAACCACGCUAUGCCACAUUACCUAACAUUAUGGUAUGAGCUAUUAUGCCACACUAGAGCUGACAUCAUGGUACUAUGCACCAGACAGCUAACAUCAUGGUAUCAAUCACUCAUGCACUAGGGAUAACUGGAUAACUGUAUGAAUGCAAGCUAUACAUACAUAGCCAUAUCUAUUGUCCUUCGCUCUAAACAAGAUAAGAUGUGAUUGCAGCCUUUUUGCUGGUGCAAAAUCAGCCUCGAGUCUGCACUUACAAAUUCAACAUAAGUGCCGUUUCUGCAUUUGGUUGGUUGUUUUUCUGCCCAUUUGUCUGUAAACUAUAUAUAAUACUACCUCUAUUUUUUCACUCCAGAAAUCCAAGAAGAAGCCGCUGGCUCAGAUGACCCCAGGUGACCUUGGAGUAGACAUUAACCCCUCUCUCACUGUGCUGAGUGUGGAGGACCCACCUGUCAGAGAGGCAGGGUCAAAGGUCGAAGACGUGGACCAACUAAUAGCGAAACUGAAAGAUUCGGGAGUUUUUUAAUUUAGUUGCACGUCGUGACAGUCACACAUGUAUAUUUUCUGUUCGAAAAAGGAGUGCACAUUAUUAUGACUGUGUACAUGUGUGGAAACUUGCAUUUUGUUUUCACUUAGCUAAUGGUGUUCACUGUACAGGCUUAUGCGUGUGUCACUGCAGCGCUCUUAA